AUGUUCGCCCCCGGCACUGAAAAGGUUGACCUCGGCACGCGGAACGAUGACUACAGUCACUUUGGUCUGUUCAUCACAUGGAUUGCUAGCAGGAUCUCGGAGAUUUUGGGGAGCGAAGAUGACGUCGUGAUAGAGCUUUGCUACAAUCUGAUUGAGAGCUCUCGCUUUCCUGACAUCAAAGGCCUACAGAUCCAGCUCACCGGGUUCCUAGACAAGGAAACUCCUGGUUUCUGCAAAGAGCUAUGGAAUCUGUGCUUGAGCGCCCAAGCCAGUCCGCAGGGCGUGCCGAAAGAGCUUUUGGAGGCCAAGAAGCGCGAGCUUAUGCAAGAGAAGAUCGAAGCUGAAAAAGCAGCAGAGGAGCGACAAAAACGCGAGGCACAAUCUUUCCGAGGAAGAGGCGAUGGGCGCUCCGACAGCUACCGUGGAGGGGGCCGUGGUCGCGGUCGCGGGGGUGGUUUCGGAGAUAGGGACAUGAACGACCGACGGGGCGGUUUCAAUCGUGGAAGGGACGGCUCUCGCUCGCCACCGCCACGUGGUGGUGCUGGUGGCGACUCUUACAGAGCUCCCCGUCGAGACAUUUAUGUGCCUCGCGGUCGCAGAAAUUCCAUGGGAAGGCGUGGCGAUACGAAGCGAAGGUCACCCUCUCGAUCUCCUUCAGUAGAUUCUGGGAGCUCAAGGUCGAGAACACGCAGUGCCAGUUCUGCUAGCAGCAACAGAUCUCCGUCCCGUUCGCGCUCGCCGCCACCCCGACCCGAAGCCGAAGCCGCAGCCGCAGCCGUAGCCCACCUGGUGGCAAGAAUGGCAAACCUGGCCGGGGCAAUAAGAGGAGAGGGCGAUCACCAACGCGCAGCCCAAGCCCGGCGAGUUCACGAGGUGGCAGUCGCCGGCGCCGGCGCCAUGGCUCCCGUAGCCCCAGCAAAGACCGUCGCAGCCGCAGCCCCAAUCGGGUCGGAUAGGAAGAGACGCCAGAGCCCCUCGAUUUCACCACCAAGAGAAUCACGAGACAAAUCAGCUGAUGGAUCCCGCACCAAAGACAGACCAACGCCACAGCCACACACUGGCGACCCAGAUUCCACCGCUGCCGCCUCAAGCCCGUCCAAGGCUAGAAAAGUUUCCGUUGACAAAGACGCCACCUUGUUGCGGGAGAAAGAACUCAAGGAGAGAAUUCUGCAGAUGAGAUCCUCAAAGAGCGGCCCCAGCAAUGCAUGAGGCUAACCACUCCGUAAAGGGUUAUGCUUUGGCUACAACAUCCGCCCUUACCGUCACGGCAACGCAUCUCACCUCAUUCAUACCGCUUCCCAGAAUUGAGCAAGGCUUGGUUUGGCUCCAGUCACUGUUUUUUGUCGGGUAUGUCUAACCUGAUAUGACAUAGCUUCACUUGUUAGUGGGGAUUUUUCACAGCAAUAUACUCCGUACAUGGCAAUAAUUGCUUAUUUCGCUAUCCUAUUGCGGAAGCGCCACCUGGUUGGUUUUUUUUUUGUUUGAGAUCGGAAACAUCUUACCCAACACAUGGCGAGUAUGGUUUCUGCUUUGAAAAGCGCAUGAACUUACAGGACUCCAAGGUAUAACUUUCAGAGAAAUAAAAAGACGUACUAGCAU